GGUCAGCUGAUUCAGACGGAGGAAAGACAAGCAGACGGUGUUAGCAUCCAUGAUGAUAUUCUUGUGUCAUCGCCCGGACAGCUUUUAAAAUGCACGGAUAAAACCUUGAAGCCACCCCAAACCCUGAAGACACUGGAUUAAUAACUGAGUGUGUGUGUGUUUGUCGCCAGCAUCGAGGAUCUUGUGGAAAACAGCAGUGCCAGAAAAGGACGCUGACAAAGCCACAGCGUCAGACUGAACUGGAUUCAAUGAGGGAGCCAGAUCGGGAGGAGCAGCCUGAAGACAACAUGCCCCCCAAGUUUAAACGACACCUCAAUGAUGACGAGGUCACGGGAUCCAUUCGGAGCGAGAGGAGGAACCUGCUGGAAGAGGACUCUGAUGAAGAGGAGGACUUUUUCCUGAGAGGGCCAACAGGACCCAGAUUUGGACCUCAGAAUGACAAAAUCAAGCAGGUGCAGUCGCAGGUCGAUGAGGUGAUUGAUGUGAUGCAGGAGAACAUCUCCAAGGUGAUAGAGAGGGGCGAGCGUCUCGAUGACCUGCAGGACAAGUCAGAAAGCUUAUCGGACAAUGCAUCUGCCUUCAGUAGCCGAGCCAAACAGCUGCACAGGAGGAUGUGGUGGAGAGACAUGAAGAUGAAGAUGAUUAUUGCCUUGGUCGUGGUUGCUCUCCUGCUGAUUAUUAUCAUUCCAGUGAUUCUGCGAUAUCGCUAGUGUCCGACGAGGAGGGUGUGGAAGAACUUUCCUCCUCUUCUUCUUCCUCUCUAUCUACUCUGCACACAGUUCUCCACUCCAGCUAGGGGGCGCCAGCCACCCUCCCACACCCUCCUCCGUGUCAGCCCGUGUGCCCGCUAGGAUCUGGCCUCGGCUCGCCCUUAGUACAGAUCUUAUCGCUGGCAUUUUCACAAACAUCUGCUCUGAGAUCAGUACUAAAGGUUUGUUUUUGAUUCCUGGUUUGAAAUUAAGCUGCAGAACAGGGACACAGGAGAAAAACUGUGGAAAUAUUUUAACGCCAUUAGGGCUGUUUGGUAGAAAACGCUGACUCUCGGCCCUCUAGUCAAUGUGAAGGAGUGCUCCAUUCCAUGAUACAUAUCACGUGUAGGGCCCUGGCUUUGCCUUGACAACGGGGAAACUCCAGGUCCUGCAUUUUAUUUCCAUCAUUAUAUAUAGACACUGUAAAGGCAGGGAAUCCACGCUCUUAGUUCAACUGAUCUGAAUGUGCUGCUGCAGCCUUAUACUAUAUAAAUGGGCUGUAACAUCCAGCAGAUGAGCCUCAGAUGUUUACCCAUCAUUCCACGUGUCCUCUCUCUUGUGCUGAAACACAAAGGAUGAGAAUCUUUAAAAGGGAACAGUUUGUGAACACAAGCACAUUUUCUUUGCCCGGCACAAGGCAAGGGAACAAUCUGAGGUUCAUCUGCGAACCUGUAGUCAAAGGUGACUUCCUUUUAUCAUCAGAGAGGCUUUUUUUUUUUUUUGACAGAAAACUGAUUUUACUUAUCAGGUAUGCUCAGCAGUUCAGAUGAUCACAAAAAGGGACUAGAGGUGAACAUCUGUUCUGACAACAUCCUGCUUUCUCACAUUAUUCAACUUCAUAAAUCACCGCCGUCAAUGUCUGUCUGCCUCUUGAUAGCUUGUUAUACUGUAUAGCAGGACCAUGUCAAACCAAAACAUCCAGGUUAUGAAUGUUUCCUCUCCAGACUGCACUCUAAACCUCUCACCUUCCUCCCUGGGUGUGCUGAGCUCUGGGCCGGUUUGGUCACGGCUGUCCUACUUUCCUGCCAGUGACAUUAAACUGUCUCUCACUCUGCAGAUGGUUCUCUUUGGUUUGAUACGGCUUCUGUCUCUUUGUUCCAAUGUUUUGAAGUUCUUAUUUUUGCCGAAUGCUCAAUGUGAUGCUUUGUUUGAAUGCCGGUGUACCCAGUCGCCACUGAAGGUGUAAAAGCAGGAGCGUUGAUCUCUCUGUGCUGUUACAUUAUGCUUAAAGAGGGGGUAAUUCAAGUGAUGCAAGUUAAAAGUUGAGCUGUGAAACAAACAUAGGUGUCAUUGUGUCUGGAAUAACUGUACAAUAAGUUGUCAUUUUAUUAUUUUUUAACGUAAUUUAUUUUAGCUGUAAAUAUUGAUUCUGUAAUGAUGUAAAAUACUCUGGCAUUGCAUUGGAAGACUGACAAUACGGAUCCUGUUUUUUUGCUCUGAAAUAAAGUGAUU